CUAGAGACACCCAAAGACCUGCAAGGUUCACAGGGAGGGAAGUCCACAGAAAUCUUUGUUGAAAAUGUCAACCUCAAAUGGCUGAGUUGGAACGGGGUCCUUCCAAAUGGUGCAGUGGGUAUCUAUAAUGGAUAUGUCUCACGCACUGACUAUGUUUGCAAACUCAACUGUGAGGCUGGAUUCUACACACCAAGCAAAGGCCCAUACUGCUUCUACCCCUAUGCUGACAGAGAAUAUGCUGCCCCUGAAUUUGACAUCCUGGUCAAUGAGGACAACUUUGAGUUUCUGCAGUGGAAGGAUGAUUCCUACGGUUCUGUGCCCCCAUAUUCUGUCAGAACAUGUUCUGGCGUCAACACUUUUGUUGGGAAGAACAAAUAUGGCCUGGGAAAGAUUUCUACUCAACAUGAAGCUUUUUUUCUUCCCUGGGAUGGGGAUGAAUACUGGUAUAAGACGUACCAAGUGCUGACCAUCAACAAAGAUGUCUAUGCUCAGCACAUCUCUCAUGUAGAGUAUAACAUCAAUGAGGUUGAAAUUUUCCAGUAUCCACCAGAAACUAUGAGAAUCUCUAGUGUGGUCAAUAAUGAAUGCCAGACUGUUACCAAGACAGUUACCAUUGAGAAGAGAAGUGAAGUAGCGAGCACAUGGGACAUUAAACGCUCCACCAUGCUUGGUGUAACUGGUGGGAUCUCUGCCAAGAUACCGAUCAUUGGCAGUGCCGGGAUCGAGUUCACCUGGGAGAAGACUCUGCAGUUCAGUUAUGGGACCACACUAGUAGAGACCAUCAGCCAUACUGUCGCUGUUGAGCUCCACAUCCCACCAAACCAGUCCUGCACUGUGCGCAUGGAGGGCCGCAAGAUCACUGCUGACAUCCCAUUUAAAGCACGCCUGAGCCGCACAUACAGCAAUGGGGAGACCCAAUGGACUUCUAUUGCGGGGGUCUAUGAUGGAGUGCAGAUUGGUGAAAUAAGGGCUGUCAUUGACCGCUGUGAACCCAUUGCUGAUGCCAAGCCCUGCCCAUAGGGGGCGCACAACAAUCACGCAGUUGAUCUUCAAAAAUCUCUUAAAAACAUUUUUAUAAACUAGAUACUAUAUUAUGUCUUUGCCCUGGAAAAGGUAAUACUAUGUUAUAAUGUGCUUUGAAAAUAAAGCCAACCCCUCUACAAACCAAAAAA